AUGCUGCUCUGGGCCCUCCUGCUCACACUCCUCUCCCAGGGUGCUGGGGCCCAAACCUGGGACGACCCGCGUGAAUGUCCCCCCACCGCCUGGGACCACCCCGCCUGCACGGAGGGCGCCGUGUUGGUGACCAGCGGGGCGCCUGCUGAGAUGACCUGCAAUAUCUCCAACGCCUUCUUCAAAGUCAGGGUCUGCUUGCGGGCCCCUGGCCGGAAGGCCUGCCGGCCCGUCUUCGCCCAGGCGGCUCCCGGGUGCUCCUCCCGGGGCGGGUGGCGGCUCUGUGUUGAGGGCGGCUCGGCGAGGAUGGUGACAGAGGAAGCCCAGGGCAGCCAGGCUGGCGAGUACCAGUGGACCCUCAUGGGGUGCCAGAAAGAUCAAUCAUUCACCUACCUGAACGUUUCAGAGCCUCCUGAGCAGCCCUCCACACCCCCUUGGGGGACCCAGGACCUGCCCUCGGCCCAGGACCCCCUCCCGGCCCAGGACCUGCACUCGGCCCAGGACCCGCCCCCAGGGCGGCUGCAUGUGGUCCUCAUCCUGGUCCCCAUGCUGCUGCUGCUCUGCAUCCUGGCACUGGGAGGCCAGUGCUGGCACGGGAACCGUGCUCGCCCCGUGCCCGUUCAGUUCGAGUAG